CUAAUCAGCGGCACAAAGCUUGUAUGGUCACGUGGGUUUCCCGAGAAAUUGUGGGACUCAUUUUGAUUGGUUAGCUUAUAAUUAUGCAAAAUAAUCAAAAUUUCAGAAUAUUUAUUAUUUUCACAAACAACAUGGCGUCCUUCAUCGAACCAUCUUUACUUGAAGGAGAGCACUUUUCGGAAGCUAUUCGGAUUGUAUGCUGUUUUUUUCAAGUAGAAAGUCUUCAUCGAGAGCAAGUCGAAGCACUCAAAGCCUUCUUACUCGGUAAGAAUAUCUUCUUUAGUGCUGGCACAGGCUACGGGAAGUCUCUAGUAUUCCAAGCGGUUCCUCUCCUCGCUGACCUUCUCGAAGAACAAGUCGUUGGAACCAGCAUUGCCAUCGUAAUAUGUCCUUUGGUGUCUCUGAUGCUCGACCAAGUCGCGUAUUUGAAGUCCUUAGGAUUAAAUGCUGCUGCUGUGUACCAAGGCCAAAACGAGGAUGUGUUGAGAGAGAUCGAAGAAGGUCACUAUGCCUAUAUUUACGCUACUCCUGAAUCGAUGCUAAGUGUAAAGCGAUGGCAAAAGAUGCUAAGAACGCCAUACUUCAUUGAGCAUUGUGUUCUAGUUGCAGUGGACGAAGCUCACUGCAUCAGUCAAUGGGGGCUACCUGGAGCAAAACCUGUGCCCUUCAGGAAGUGGUAUGGGAACUUGGGUGAGCUGAGGGCACUAUUCAAAGAUGUCAAUUUCAUUGCAUGUACAGCAACUGCUACAAUUUCUACUAAAUCCAAGAUCUUCAAUGUUCUGCAAAUGAACCGUGGAAAUACAUUGGAGAUCGAGGUGAGUCCAGACCGGGCAAACCUGACGUAUGCGAUGCAAUAUGUUGAUAAUGAAAUUCCCCUUGGCGAUGUGUUCGACAAUGUUAUUGAGCAUGUUCGAACUGAAAAGACAAGAACUCCCAGAACAAUCAUUUAUUGCCAAACAAUAAAACAGUGUGCGAUUCUCUGGAGAACUUUUAAGCUGGAGUUGGAGGAGGACUUUUAUCACAUUGUGGAGACGACAUGAAAAAGUACUUGGAGAACAAGGAAUGUCGGCGAAAAGAAAUUCUGAAAUAUUUUCCAGGUAAUCAUGUCAUCAAAUGCAAAGGCUGUAAAUGCUGCGAUGUUUGUGCCACCACAUGUACCUGUGCUGCCAAAGCUGGGAAAUGUAAGUUUUCAAUGUUAAUGAAAGUGAAGGAAUUGGAAGAGGGAAAGUACCACUACACUAAGAGAAGAGCGGUUGGUCAGGAACAGAGGAAGGCAUUAGAGGCAAAAUUGACAACAUACAUGAUGGAACUAAGAGACAAGUCAAUCAAACCUGUAUUGUAUCCAAACAUAUUUUUUGAGUUUGGAAAGCCUCAGAUUGCACAGGUUGUACAGAGUUGCUAUCAGCUCUUUUCAAUGGAAGACAUCCAGAAUGCUGUUGAAAUAUGGCGGAGUGAACAUGCCAAGAGAGUCUUAAUGAUUCUAAGCGAUGUUUUUGAGGACAUCGCUGAUAUUGGACUUGGCAUUGAGGAAUAUGACAAAGAGUUUGACAUAGACUCAGAAUGGCAAGAAAUCAGAGAUGACUCUGAUUUGAACUUGCUUACCCAUGAUACAAUGGACAUCUCAAUGGCAUCAGAACUCAGUGAUAUCAUGAGUGAACUUGACAGUUCUUGUGAAACUGUUACGAACAGAAGUUCUAUGUUGAACACACUUGCUAUUGAAGCAUCCCACCGUAUCAAUGCUAAUGAUGACAUGGAAUGCUAAAUUGGAAUUUAA